AUGCCAGAACCAGUUGGAAUUGCAAGUUUACCUAACCAAAGGUAUAAAAUUAUUUCUAAACAGGGAGCUACUUUCACUCUUAUGGUAGUUGGAGAGAGUGGAUUAGGAAAGACUACGUUUAUUAAUACUCUCUUUCAAUCUUCGUUGAAGAGUUAUGACGAUGCGACCCAGAGACACAAUAAGUUUACCAGUCCUCAUCAGACUGUCGACAUUGGCAUAGUUAGGGCAAUAUUAGAGGAGAAGAAUUUCAAAAUCAGAUUAAAUAUCAUUGAUACGCCUGGAUUUGGUAACAAUGUCAAUAAUUAUGACUCCUGGAGUCCCAUAGUUGAUUUCAUUGACGAUCAACAUGAAAUGUACAUGAAACAAGAACAACAACCUCUCAGAGAACAAAAGAAAGACUUGAGAGUUCACGCAUGCUUGUAUUUCAUUAGGCCUACUGGCCACUCCUUGAAGCCAUUAGAUAUCGAGAUAAUGAAGAGAUUGUCAUCAAGGGUUAAUUUAAUUCCUAUCAUUUCCAAAUCAGACACCUUAUCUCCUCAAGAGUUAGAUGGAUUUAAGACGAGAAUAAGAGAUGUUAUCGAAGCACAGGAUAUAAAUAUCUAUACACCACCUUUGGAUAUCGAUGAUCCAGCAAGCGCUGAGCACUCCAAGCAAUUGAUUGAAGCAAUGCCAUUUGCUAUCAUUGGCUCCGAAGAUGAAUACGAGGUGACGCCUGGUAACUUUGUGAGGGGAAGGAAAUACCCAUGGGGUCUUGUUGAAGUCGAAAAUGAUAAGCAUUGUGACUUCAAGAAAUUGAGAAGUUUGUUGUUGAGGACAAAUAUGUUGGAUUUGAUACUUUCAACGAACGAAUUACACUUUGAAACAUUCAGGUCCUUCAAGCUAGGAGAAGAUGAUGAGAAUGAGAAUAAUGAAUUGGUCAAUGAAGAUGGAAGUGUCGUCAAGAAGUCAAACAAUAAGAAACCAAGAAGGUUACAUAAUCCAAAGUUCAAAGAAGAAGAAGACGCCUUGAAGAAAUUCUUUACCGAGCAAGUUAAGGCGGAAGAACACAGAUUCAGACAAUGGGAAACGAAUAUUGUGAAUGAAAGAAAUAGAUUGAAUCAAGACUUGGAAGAAAUGCAAUCGAAGUUAAAAACGUUGGAAGAUCAAGUAAAGAAGUUGCAGUUAGCGAAACGUUAA